AUUUCGCAGUAAUGAAUUGUCGCCACUAGGAGGCAGUAAAGUAUUUUCUGAUGCGUUUGAAACUCAUCUGACCACUGCAGUACAGACAUGUAAACACUCACUUUCUGUUCUGGUGAUGUGGGUCUGUCAGCCUACAGGUUUAAAGUUAUAACUAUUCUGCAGCUGACCUUGACCUCUGACCUCCCCAUGGAAAGCUAGACACCAAGCCAUUGUGUUAGUGUAAAUAGCAUAUUGAUCUUGAAUACCAGCCCAGACCGGGAAUUGAAUGUCGCUGUGGUCAGCAUGGCCUCCAGCUUUGCUCCUCCAAAACUGUCCGACUUCAUCCUCACGGAGCGGCUGGGCAGAGGCACCUACGCCACAGUCUACAAAGCCUACAGGAAGGGGGACAGUCGGGAGGUGGUGGCGGUGAAGGUGGUUGGAAAGAAGACUCUCAACAAGGCGUCUACAGAAAACCUCCUCACAGAGAUUAAAAUCCUCAAGACGAUGCGCCACCCUCACAUAGUCCAGCUGAAGGACUUUCAGUGGGAUGCCGAGAAUAUUUAUCUGAUCAUGGAGUGGUGCUCAGGUGGAGAUCUUUCCUGCUUCAUACGCAGCCGUAGGAUCUUACCUGAGAGGGUGGCGCGGCGCUUCCUGCAACAGAUUGCCUGCGCCCUCCAGUUUCUUCAUGAGCGAAACAUCUCACACCUGGACUUGAAACCUCAGAACAUUGUGCUCAGCGGCUCUGUCCUGAAACUAGCAGAUUUUGGUUUUGCCCGGUACAUGUCACCAUGGGAUGAGCAGAGUGUCCUGAGGGGGUCCCCUCUUUACAUGGCUCCCGAGAUGGUGUGCCGGCGGCAGUACGACUCCAGGGUGGACCUCUGGUCAGUUGGGGUCAUUCUCUAUGAGGCGCUGUUUGGGCGAGCACCUUUUGCAUCACGGUCGUAUGCCGAAUUGGAGGAGAAGAUCCGGAGUAACCAACCUGUCGAGCUCCCUCCUGGGGUCGGGGUAUCCAAGGACUGCAGAGACCUUCUGCUGCGGCUGCUGGAGAGGAACCCAGAUGCCCGGAUCACCUUCGCCGAGUUCUUCGCCCACCCUUUCGUGGACAUGGAGCACAUGCCGAGCAGCGAUAGCCUGGUGAAAGCGAAAGAGCUGGUGACGCAGGCCGUCCAGAAGGACCAAGAGGGGCAGUGGUCCGCCGCACUUUCCUUUUACUGCAGUGCCCUUGAGCACUUUGUCCCCGCCAUCCACUAUGAGGUGGACCGACAGCGUCAAGCCGCCCUCAGGCAGACGGUCCGGCAGUAUGUGUCCCGAGCCGAGGAGCUGAAGGCCCUGGUGGCCUCGGACAACAGGCUGAGCUUUGAGGAGACCCGCACCGCCAGGGACGUCCUCCGAGAAAUGUCUCCAGACCAACCCCGGCUGCUGGCUGCUCUGGAGGUGGCCUCCGCUGCCAUCGCUAAGGAGGAGAGCGGAGGAGAUGACCUCGAGGCCCUGGAUGUGUACCAGCAGUGUUUAGGAGAACUGCUGUUGGCGCUAGCAGCUGAGCCUCAGGGCCGCAGGAAGGAGCUGCUGCACAGCGAGAUUCAGAGCCUCAUGACCAGAGCUGAAUACCUCAAAAAGCACAUCAAGAUGCAGGAGACGCAGAGGGACGCGUCACUGGACCGAGAUCAUCUGGCGGACUCCGUCCGAGGCUCUUGCUGUCUGCAGUGAUCUGCACGGCCACCGGGGGAAUCUGGGCUCGGAGCCCGAGCGGAGCGUCACACUGCCUUCACCUGACCAGGUUUCUGUCGGGGCCAAACUACACCUUCAUCACGCCUCCCUUUCCCCCUCUUCACCACCGCUGUCCGGGUGGGACGUCACAGCUGCCAGCCCCAUGCGGUCAAUGUUUGGGGCUGUUACUGGCAAGGUGAUCAUCUGGCAGGUUGUGAACUUGUGUUUGUACUUUUCGAAGGAACAAAGUUUGCAGGUUAAAAUGCUGAAAGUAGCUCUUGAUUUUUGGGUUUGCACGCUGGUAAAUGUGAACGCUGGCUCCCUGCUCCUUACCCAGCUCAGAGCUCCAAUCCCUCCUCCCCACACGCCAUUGAUAUGUAAAUGCCCGACAGCUUGUGUGACAAUGCCACACUGUCAUGGUAAAACGAGUCAACACAGAGGCUGUUGCAUUUAUUGUGGCGAGAAAAAAAAAAUACAAUGCAACAACUGGAAAAAAAAACAGUUAUCCGGCCAAGGGGAAACUGUGAAAACCGUUCGAAACAAACCCAAUCAAAUGUAGACUGUGGCGUGAUGAAGCGUCGCGUCACUGCUGGAGCGCCGUGUUAAGCACAUUGCACGGGAGGCCUCGGCAAACACGCACGUAGUCCCUGGCCCUCCCCUCCCCGCUGCCUUUGCUGUGGGCGCACCGCAGGCUCACCGUCCUCUCCCCGCUGACGGAGCCCCCUCCACCACCAGGAGGGGAAAACUGGAGAGGUGCAGCCUCUGCCUUAUUUACACUGGACUCGCAUUUUCUUAGGUUUGGCACUGGCGGGGGUAUGUGAGGCAACCGGCGGGUUGAGAAAGCCUUCAUAACUGUGUGUGUGUGUGUGUGUGUGUGUGUGUGUGUGUGUGUGUGUGUGUGUGUGUGUGUGUGUGUGUGUGUGUGUGUGAGGGUGAGGGGAACAAAGAAGCUCCACAGUCGCUGUUGUAGGUCUUCACACACACGGUUUUGAUUUCAGACGAGUAAAUGUGCCUGAAUACCAGGAAGGAGGAAAUGUGUCUGCUGGCGGGAUUCUCCAAAUCACUGUGUUGUCUUGUUUUUUUUUUGAGUGUUUAUACAGCUGUGAUUUUUAUAUCGUAUGUAUUUAUUCAGUGGGAAAUUCAGUGGAAAAACAAAACCUCGGCAGUGAUUUUCAUGUCGGGGUUGGUCUUCCAGAGCUUAUGGAAAGAUUCAUGUGGUGCCGUUGGUCCCUCGUCAUCAUCUGGACGGCAGCACGGCAGGAGCACCUGGCCUGGGGGGGGGGGUGUAUGGACAUUUGUUAAUUAAAUGAUUCAUUCAGAAGUUCUGUAUUAUUGUAUAGUAUAUAUGUUGCUGUUUAACUGGUCGGCAGUUGCACUUCUCACCACUUGUUGCUUAUUCUGUUUCUCCAGGAGGUGGAAAUAAAGCUUCUAAAAACAAACUGAAAAGCAAACCAAUUUUUGAAAGGAGGUAGAGAAGAAGUCGAAGAAAUGUUGCACUUUUGAUUGCCUCAACGCGGCGGCUCGCCAGAAUCUAGAGGGGGGGGGCCUCAAAGAAGCUAUCUAGUUGCAUUAUGGGAAAUGUAGGGGAAGUUGAGGCUCAAAGUAUUUUGACCAUUCCUUUUUUUGUGUUUUAUGUGAGUCCAUUGGUUUUAUGAGCCCUUCAAAAUAGUGACUCCAAGAAAUCGAUCGGUCGUUAUACCCCCCCCCCCCGCCAAAAAAAAAGUUUUCCUACCGCUUGUGGCUGUAGUUUCCUGAGGUUUCAGGGAUGUCGGUGUUCCUGCUCCAGCACCUGGUUAAGCACACUCAGGCCGGCCUGCCAG